UAUUGCGUUUCAAUCUGGCUAAACCGCACAGAUCACGUAUAAUAAUAUAGCGCAACUGAAGCAAAUAGGCUAGGUACCUAAGUAGAUAACUCUAGGGCGUCAGCGAUCACACUUGUUCGCCUUAAGCACCCGGGUAAGCAGCUCACAAGACGACAAAGCUACCUAGGUACCAAACAUUCGCCCGAGGCGCGACACAACAUGUUGGUGGGGGUACAUGUACAGGCAGUGCAUCGCUACCUUCCCAGAGUUGGUAGUGAGGCGGUAUGCAAGUUGUGUCAGUAAUCAAUGGCACAACUGUGCCAGCCACGGCUGAAGCUGGAGUCUGAAAAGCCUACCGGUAGUUACCAGUGUCGGAACCCUAAUACCGACAAGAUAUAUGUGUGGAUAUAAAAGCAGCGGGGAUUUCUCUCCUUUUUCGAAAGAACAAAAUAACUCGUUAGGAACAUCGCGAUUCCUAUGAGUCCCUUUUUCUAUCUUCCUGCGGCGCAUAGUUCCGCUCAAAAUGACCGGCUGGCCUGCCGGCAACAAAACUACAAAGACGAGAUUGGUCGGGAGACAGCACGCAGUAAUCGCCGUAAUGAGAUUCUUUAGUGGGGCCCGAGAACGAAAGACUACACGACGCUGCACAACCGACCAAACAGUUGCGUAUGAUCAAGGGCUCACAUCAAACAGUUAUGACUCUGAAGAUGACGACAUGUACCUUUUUGAUAUUCCUAUGCGACUACUUCCGGUUCUAGACAUCAACCACAAGCUCGAGAAAGAGUUGAGUAAACUCAUAGUAUCUACAUUAGACAUAUUCCUCUCCGAGAUUUGGUCAGCAAGCGACCAGCUCCACGAAGAAGGGAGAAGUCGUUCUCAAAUAGGAAACUCGUUCCGAACCUUCUACGGGCAUGAUGGAGAUGUGGAACAGUCGCUUAGCCAGAAUCAACGAAGUGACAUCCUGGGCAAGUCUCUUAUUCCCCUUGGCCAUCAUAUCCCAUGUCCCUUCUACAUGAGCAAUAGGGAGAAACAUAUUGGAUGCUUGACCCGGGCCCACCUUCGAGAUAUUCAGGAUGUCAAGCAACACCUCUGGAACACUCACCAAUUAACGCCCUACUGUCCAUCAUGUGGGCAGAUCUUCGACACCAUGAAAAUUUGUAACAACCACAUUCGGUGUCGAAUAUGUAGCCCUCUAGGUGUUCCACGGCCCGAUGGCAUCACCGCGGAACAAAUGCAGCAACUAGCUCGGCGCGCGGAACCCUGGAUGUCCACAGACCUCCAGUGGCUGUCUGUUUGGGCAAUUGUUUUCCCUAGGGCUAGCCUACCCGGAGUCACAUAUCCAUCCAGUGCUAUAGAGUACUUGGUGUGUCUAUUUCGGGAUUACUGGUCAAGCCACGGGGAAAGAAUCAUGUCUAAUUUCCUUGGGAGGAGGGGGUUGCGAGCUUAUGGGCUCCAAGAUGAGGAACGAGAUUUAGAAGCACUCCAUAUUGCUGUUCUCCACCGAGUUAUUGACCACCUGGUUGAGGACUUCAAGUAUGAGGAUGACGGCACGGUAUCUUCAAGAAUUGAACGGGUUUUGGCCUCUUUGUGUCAUUUGCAGGUUUAACAAUAGUGAUGGCGGGCUAUUCACGAUUACUGGAAUUGUCUUGAAAUGGAGUUAUUGGAAAUUUACUUUGAUUGAGAGUAGUUCUUGGGGAACAUAAUGUUAUAUAUGAUACUUUUACUGAUCGUUCUACAUAGGGGAUGCUUUUUCGUCUGCAUGCUUGAUCUAAAUAUUGCUUUAUGCUCGAGGCCUCGAUAUAUUGCACAAGGUGGUCACCACAAAGGAAGUCAAUUCAAUGAAUUUGUUUACUACGUGCCUAUGAAUUGAUACAUAUGUAUAAUCCACCAUAUCGUCAUAUCGUGGAUUAAGGAUUGAAAUAGAUCUCGUCGGACUUAAGUCAAUGAAUGUAGAUAGCGAAUAAUCAACUUCAUAUCUACCUAGGUAUGGAGAGUUCGUAGUUCAAUGUAUGUAUCGAAUUUCGACCCGCCAGAAUACAUUGAGCUGAAAGUGCUAUGGG